UAGCGCGCGUUCUCGUCAGUCAAAUUGCAACCAUCGUCGUUACAUGAUUAUUUAACGUUGCAUUUGGUGUGUAAACACGAUUUCGGCGCGCGCGGCUCGACCUGUACGUAAAAAUAACUGCCUCGUGAAGAACUUGAGCGAGAGAACUGUCAUCUUCUUCCGGUUACGCGUUUUACGACGCCGUACUUUACGCGCGAAAAUAGUUUCCACAGAUUAUUUCUGCAGGCAAGAAAAAAAAUAAGUUAAAUAACUAAUCAACGAUCAGUAAAUAAACAUUAAACCGAUGGUUGAACAAUCACUCAGUGCGUAAUAGUCGGAAGAAGCUGUGAAGUGACACUUGAACAAAGACAUCAUCGGGCUUAGCAUCCGACAAAAUUCAGAUUGAUAAGAAUGAAGCGAUUGAUAUUGCUGUCCUUAGUAGCUGUGGCAUUGUGCCACGAACCGUUUCAAGUGAUUUUCGAGUGGAAGUCAAUUGAUUUUGAGUGGCCGUCGGAGGAGGAACGGCAAUAUGCCGUCAUGCACGGCGAUUACAUAGCGGCGAACAAUUUCGUGACCACCGUAAAAUUCUGGAAGGACAGGAUGUACUUGACCAUGCCGCGGUGGAAAGACGGGGUGCCGGUGACGCUGGGCGUCACGUCGGCGAAGCCGGUGAACGGCGUCACGGCGCCCAAGCUGGAGGCCUUUCCCAACUGGGGCAUGCAGAAGCUGGGCGACUGCUCGGCGUUCCAACUGGUGCACAGCGUGGAGAUCGAUCCUAAAGGUCGCAUGUGGGUGCUCGACACCGGUCGGCCCACGUCCCUCAGGGAAUUCAAGGCCAACUGCCCGGCGCGCCUCGUCAUCCUCGAUCUCGAAGACAACGGCCAGAUCCUCCGCAUUUACAACUUCCCCGAUCACGUGGCACGCCGCGGCGACACGUACCUCAACGACAUCGUCCUCGAUCACGAGGACGGCGGCUUGGCGUACAUCACCGACAACGGCCAACAAGAUCCCGGUAUCAUCGUGUACUCCCUGAGGAACAACACCUCGUGGAAGGUGCGGCACGAUUCCAUGAAGGCGAAGUGGGAAGCGAUCGGAUUCAUGGUGGCGAAGACGCAUGUGAUCAAUCCGGUGCACGUGGACGGCAUAGCGCUUUCACCGGCAAGCAGUCGCGACAGGAAAGUGUACUACUCGCCUUUGUCUUCUUUCCACUUGUAUUCAAUCCCGGUAUUCGCUUUGAAGAACAACGCGACGAGUAUUGAUCAGUACGUGAAGGAACUCGGGCGGAAGUCUUCGCAGACAGACGGCAUGGCGAUGUCGUCCACUGGUUCGCUGUACUUCGGUCUGUUAGCCGACGACGCUAUCUCCAUGUGGGAUACCAAAAACGCACCUUCCUUCACCACCGGCCAACGGAUAAUAUCGCGCGAUCAUGUACUGACGCAGUGGCCCGACAGUUUCGCCUUCGACGAGGACGGUAACUUCUGGUGCGUCACCAAUAUGUUGCAAAAUUUCUUGAACAAUCGCGUCAAUGUUGACCAGCCCAAUUACCGCCUCAUUCGGACACGUGUUGGCGUUAGAAAUUAUCAGUACUAUGAGAACGGUACCGCGCCGGAAUUACCUGACAUCACAGGCGGUGCCAGUACCGUCAGGCUCGCCUUCGCUACAAUAUUGAGUAUCGUCUUGGUAUUUAUCGUGAAGUAACAGUUUUGUGAAGAAACUUACACCAAAGUUAUGCUUUGCACACGCGAAGAAACGACUUACAAAUGUUAGUCAGUUAGAUCACACUACUUUUAAAUGUGCGGCAUUUUUAUAGCAUCUUGUAAGUAGCAGUGUUGCGAAUUAAUAAUAAGAAUAAAUUCUUUUUUUAAUUUCUCAUGUUGGUGCUGAAUGAUGAUUUUUGAAGGUGGCUUCAAAAGUGGCGGUCGAAGCUAAUGUGAAGUUUUCAAAUUGCAUCCAGAACUUUGAUGCAACAUAAUAUUGCAUAUAUGUCUCGAUUGAAAAAUGUACAAAUAAUUAUAAUCUAAGAUUUGAGCAAAUAUAUGUUUAUCUGUGCUCGAUUUGUAUACGGUACGUCUGCUUAUGGAAUCUCCGUAGUUCGCCAGUUUCUAGCCCAGAAAUAGAUUACUUCGCUCGAUCAUCCCGUGUAGGGGUCAUCUGACCUAGUUUCUGCGACUAUUAUCUCUUUUCUAAAUUCUACCAUUGCUUUGAAAGGACAGCAUAGCAAUGACAUUGCAAAUAUUUAAUAUGCAUCUUUGAGUCGCUAGAAGACAUUAGGAAGUCGUUCCGAGUUAACAAUGCUACUGCAUCUACAUAAUUAAAAAAAAAAAAUUUUAUCUUAUUAUUUAUUUACUACACUGUGUAUUUAGAUUUAGAUGUAAAUUAAAAAUAUGAUACAAUUAACGAUAAAAAAAGCUAUUAAAAAUUGUGAAAGGGUAGAAAAUGCUUACUCAAGAACGAUUUUAAGAAUCGACAAUUAUUUAAUCGGCGGUUUUCAUUGUUUGAAUUUUUGCUGAUUUUUGCACGAUUUUGCACGAAUUAUUUAUAACUUUUCCUUACUUUAACUGACCAAAGCACGCCUGAUCUUAUGCAAUCUUAAUGAUCGAAAGAGGCAAAUCUGAAAAUGCAUUAGAAGUCUGAGCAUUUUUAUUUCAAUAAAAAUCAUAGCAUUUUAUUUAUGAAGAACGCUAAUCAUCAAAGUAUAUUGUUCAAUGGAAGUCUUAAACGGAAGAAUGUAUGUAUGUAUAUUUUUAUUAAUAUUUUAGCCGGUAUUUUCACACAACGUCAAACCUGAAUCAAAUAGUUUUGUCACUUAAGUCAUCUCAUUACUUUUUCUUAAAUCUUUCUAUGUAUAUAUAAAUAUUUAUUAUUAUUAUUACUAUUAUUGUUAUUGUGUUUAACAUUAUAAUAAUCAUUGUAAUGGAAGUUUUAUGUGGCAAUAUAAUGAGACAAGUUCC